CUUGAGGGAUGCGCGUUCCCCCUGGAAGCUUCCGAUGGUCGGCGGGGGCGCGGAGGCAGCAAUAGUGGAGUGGACGGUGGCCGAGAGGAGUCCAGCAAAAAGAGCGGAGGCCGCGCGAUGAAGCCUUGAUGGUCCCUCCUGCAGAUGAGCUGAAGAUGGCCGGCAGACAUGAGGCUCGGAGUUACCUGAAACCAGCAUCGUCCACGACCUCGGGGCACAGCUAUCACUUUGCAUCCAUGGCUAACUCUGAGAAUGACGUGUCAGAAGAAGAGGCCGAGGAAUAUGAACUGCGACCACGAGGGAGAGAGAAGUCGAGGAGAAGCACGUCCAGAGAACGUCUUGAUGACAUUAUAUUUAUCAUUAAGGACAUUGUGGAAGGGGACACAUUAAAUUCAAUAUCUCUACAGCAUUGUUGUACUGUUGCAGACCUCAAGAGAGCCAACAACCUCAUUAAUGAACAGGACUUUUACGCCUUGCGGUCAAUAAAAAUUCCAGUAAAGAGGUUCAGUUUACUGACCGAGACCCAUUUUUCCCCAAAAGGAAAGAUGUCAAGGACUGUGCCUACCCAGCCUCCUCUAGAAGCCCAGGAACUCUACCCAGCGCUUGAAGGACUUUCUAAGGAGGCGGUUGAUUCUUUCUUACAGGAAGUAGACAGAGAUAUUGAACAGAUUGUGAGGGUCACAGACAUGAAGAAGGAAAGUCUGCACGAAGUGGUCUCCGCCCUAAGUCAAGAACUCCAUUUUGAAACGGAGCCUAUAGUGGCCCGACCAAAAGAUCCUGAUCAUGGAGCGGACUGGGGCUUGGGCUGGUGGACAGCAGUUGUCAUUAUGGUCAUUGUGGGAAUAAUCACACCAGUAUUUUAUUUCCUUUAUUAUGAAGUUCUAAACAAAGAACCACCUGAAUCUAACUCCGCACACAUAGGCUGAUUUUUGCACAGUUUGCUGUUGAAUUCAAAGUGCAAUUAUCCUGUGAGGCAGAACCAGCCUUGUAUCCUUGUGAGAAGGAAUGCACUGCAGAGCAGAGAAAACACUUUAAAGGGUUAUCUCAUAAACUACACUUAGCACCUGUCCACAGCAUAGGUGUUAAGUGUCUGAUCGUUUUGGAUCUGAAUGCUGGUACACCCAUUGAUCACAACAAGAGGCGUCCCCGUUUGAAUGUAAACUAAAGUGCUUGACUACCUCCGUCUAUGCCAUAGACUUUGAAUGAAGCGGUAAUUUGCAUGAAUGACCACAGAUCCUUUCAACCUGAGGACAAGGGACCUCUCUUCCUGUCAUCGGUGAGGGUCCCAGCAGUCUGGUCCCACGUGAUAAGUGUUAAUUUUCAAACAACCACUUUAAGGGUAGUAUUUUAUUUACAGAAAUGUAGUUUUUUUGAAGCAGAAAAGUUAGCAGCCAGAUAUUAAACACUCCACAAACACUGCCUUUGGCCAACUUCACACGAGACAUACGCUCCGUGUGUCAGAGGUAUUUCUCGUUCUGAAUGCAGCAUUAUGAUGAUCGUUAUGAUGAUGAGGCUGAUGCUGCCUGAUGUCAAGUCUAAUGAAUGGUACUCACAUAAUUCCGUCAGUACAGAUCACUCCAGUACAGUUCAGACAGUAACACACACCAUUAUAAAUCAUAAUCCUUGACGUUUUUUUUUGUUUAGUUUUUUUUGGUAGCAAUCUGAGGCAGGGGGUCAUUUUUUCUGACUUUUUUUUUCCCAUAGACUUCUCUACAAAAAAAAAUGAUGGCACCUUUUGUAGAGGUGCAUGUGGCCUCCUAAUUCAUGCAGAUGGGUUUUCUUUUGUUAAAUUUUGUAUGAAUCUUGACAAAAAUGAAUCCUUCUCCUUUGUACUGUAUCCAAGUAUUCCCUUUGAGAAGGAUUGCUUUUAGGGGAGGAUAUCCCUAUACACUUGGGGUUAGAUGAGAGACGAGACUGUGUUCAGCAGUGUAAGGAGGCUGUGCGGCUCUCUAAAAAAGGGACCCUGCAGGCUCCAUAUACAGGGAUCUGCUGGGUCCAUGUGUUUUUAGGCUGGCUUACCCCAACUCAACUGCAUUACAUUUAUUAAUUUUGUGUUGAUUUAAAUGUGUUACAGUACAACCAUGGGAGGUUAGGACAUUGCAGAUGCAAUUAUACAUUAUAGCAGUCUGAAACUAGUCUACAGCAGUAAAAUUACCCUAAAUGUAAUUUAAAAGGGUAUUCGGGUUAUAAAAAGUGUCCCUUAUCCAGAGGAUAGGGGAUAACUAUCAGAUCCGUAGUAGGACCCCAACCAAUCACGAGAAAGUGGGCCCCGUACCCCAUGGAGCCCCCCUGAAAUGGAUGGAUUGGCUGAUUGGAAAAGUGUGCCUCCUCUCCAUUCAUUUCUAUGGGGCUGAAUGCUGUACUCGGCUAUCUUCGGAGCUUGCAUAGAAGUGAAAGGAGUGGGGGUGCUCUUUUCUGACUAGCAGCUCUGUCCAUUUCGGGGGGGCUCCAUGGGGUACGGGGCCCCCGUUCUCAUGAUCAGUGGUGUUGCUAACAAUAGGAUCCCCUCGAUAAGUGCUCCUCGAUAAGAGCCAUACAGCAGUAAUAACCUUAGAGGGUUAUUGACGACCUAUCCUCAGUUUCAGAUUGGUAUAGUCGACACCCCGCAUUCUCGCUGAGCAGCUGUUGCCUUUUAGUUCUGGCACUGGAAGUUGACUCAGUCAAAUUAUAUAGUAAAUGUAACUGGCAACUACAGCCCUGGUCCUGAUGAAGUGAAUGGGAGCAACGUAGCACUUACCAGCACCCUACUUUAAAUAAUGGACGAACCUGUGUAGUUCCAGCGCUAGACCCUAACAGCUGAUUGCUGGGGGUACGAGAUGUCAGACCCCACCAGUCUGAUAUUGAUGGCCUAUCCUGAGGAUUGGCUAUCAAUCUAAAAACCCUGGACAACUCUUUUAAAGAUGAGAUUCUGUGAGGAUGUUGUUUAGCACUGCAGUGCAAUCGCUCCUUUGUGUGUGUGUGGUUUAGUUUUGUACAUGCUGCCAAAUUUCUACACUGUGGAAAAUAACCACUUUUAUUUUAUAUUUCUCAUCAUACUAAAAUCUAAG